AUGGGCAGAGUAAGCAGCAGCAAGCACGCAAAACAAAGACAUGACCCGCUGCUGAAAGAUCUAGAUUCGGUUCAGGGAAACUUGAGGAAAGCUUCGAGAAGAAGAAAUGAUCAAAAUGACAACGAUGACGACGAGCAAGCUGAAGAAUACGUGGAUGCCGCUGCGUCAAGAAAGAUCUUGCAAUUGGCUAAAGAACAACAGCAAGAAGUGGAAUUAGAGCAGGAACAAAGCAAACGUGAGCAAAACGAUCCCUUCGCCAGGUUUCGCAUUGGCAGACCUAUAAAUCAUGAGGACGAAGACGAAGACGAAGACGCUGUGGGUGACAACAUCUCUGAUUUCGAACCCUACGAUGAAGAUGGCGAGCAAGAAGAAGAUGAAGAAGUGGUGGAAAUCGACGAGGAGGAUGCCGCAAUGUUCGAACAAUAUUUCAAAAAGGCAAGCGAUUACAACUCAGAUUUCAAAAGCUACAACUUGGCAGAUAAAAUUAUGGCCUCCAUUCGCGAGAAGGAAAUGGAACAAGAGGAGGUGGAAAGCGGGAAAAACGGUGGGUCUGCAUCUGGCGGUCACAAUCAGCAACCAGAAGGUGUGGCACUGCCUCCAAAGGUUGUAAAAGCUUACACAACAGUGGGAUCCAUUCUGAAGACUUGGACACACGGAAAAUUGCCCAAACUUUUCAAAGUCAUUCCCUCGCUCAAUAACUGGCAAGAUGUGCUGUAUGUGACAAAUCCUCCAGAAUGGUCGCCCCAGCUUGUCUAUGAGGCUACCAAACUAUUCGUGUCGAACCUGACAGCAAAGGAGGCCCAAAAGUUCAUCAACAUAGUGCUUUUGGACCGCUUUCGUGAUAACAUCGAAACUAGCGAGGAUCAUUCUGUUAACUAUCACAUCUACAGAGCUCUGAAAAAAUCGCUUUACAAGCCUAGCGCUUUUUUCAAGGGCUUCCUCUUUCCUCUCGUAGAAACGGGUUGUAACAUACGCGAGGCAACAAUUGCGGGAAGCGUGUUAGCCAAGAUAUCCGUGCCAGCAUUACAUUCCUCGGCCGCUUUGAGUUAUCUUCUGAGACUGCCGUUUUCACCUGCUACCACCGUCUUCAUAAAGAUUCUUUUGGAAAAAAAGUAUGCUUUACCUUACCAAACUGUUGAUGACUGCGUCUACUAUUUCAUGAGAUUCAGAAUUCUAAGCGACAGGAGUAACGGCGAAGAUAGCGAACGCGCGCUUCCUGUGGUGUGGCACAAAGCAUUUCUCUCGUUCGCCGAGCGCUAUAAAAAUGAUAUCACUCAAGACCAGAGAGACUUCUUGUUGGAAACAGUUCGCCAGAGAGGCCAUAGAGAUAUCGGCCCUGAAAUCAGGCGCGAACUGCUGGCUGGACAGAGCAGAGAGUUUGAGAAUAAUCUCGAAAACAAAGACGACUUGAUGCUGGAUGUGCAGUAG